GUGGGAGCGGUAGCCUGUCAUUCUUCCCUGUGAGAGCGGUGCGGCGUGCACUGAACCCCGGCUUUUGUCUGAGGAGGCGAAGACUCUUUAGAGGCGAAAAUGAAACGAGCCUGGGUCGUUGGCCUGCUGUUUGCGCUUUUGGCGUUUGCUGCUGUUAAAGCUGAGGAUGAACUCGACGUGGAUGGGACAGUCGACGAGGACAUUGGCAAAAGCAGGGACGGCUCUAAAACGGACGAUGAGGUGGUUCAAAGAGAAGAGGAGGCCAUUCAACUGGAUGGCUUGAAUGCUGCCCAGAUUAAGGAAAUCAGAGAAAAGUCGGAGAAGCAUGCCUUUCAGGCCGAGGUCAACCGUAUGAUGAAGCUGAUUAUUAACUCGCUUUACAAGAACAAGGAGAUUUUCCUUAGGGAGCUGAUUUCCAACGCUUCAGAUGCCCUGGAUAAGAUCCGCCUCUUGUCACUCACCAACGAAGAUGCAAUGGCCAGCAACGAAGAGCUGACCAUUAAAAUUAAGUCCGACAAGGAGAAGAACAUGCUGCACAUCACUGACACAGGUGUUGGAAUGACCAAAGAGGAGCUGGUGAAGAACCUGGGUACCAUUGCCAAAUCGGGAACCAGCGAGUUCCUCAAUAAGAUGACAGACAUGCAGUCGGACGAUCAGUCCACUUCGGAGUUGAUCGGCCAGUUUGGUGUGGGCUUCUACUCGGCUUUCCUUGUGGCAGACAAAGUCAUUGUCACGUCCAAGCACAACAAUGGCACUCAGCACAUCUGGGAGUCUGACUCCAAUCAGUUCUCAGUCAUUGAGGACCCCCGUGGGGACACCCUUGGCAGAGGAACCACCAUCACUCUGGUCAUGAAAGAAGAGGCAUCUGAUUACCUGGAGCUGGAGACCAUCAAGAACCUUGUCAAGAAGUAUUCCCAGUUCAUCAACUUCCCCAUCUACGUUUGGGCUAGCAAGACUGAGACAGUUGAGGAGCCCAUUGAAGAUGAUGCUGAGGCAGCAGAAGAGCCAGAGAAGGAGGCUGCUGAAGAUGAGGCUGAGGUAGAGGAGGAGGAAGAUGACAAAGACAAACCAAAGACCAAGAAGGUUGAGAAGACUGUGUGGGACUGGGAGCUGAUGAACGAUAUCAAGCCAAUCUGGCAGAGACCAGCAAAGGAGGUUGAAGAAGAUGAAUACAAGGCUUUCUACAAAACCUUCUCUAAGGAUAGCGAUGAUCCUUUAGCCCACAUUCACUUCACAGCUGAGGGUGAGGUUACCUUCAAGUCCAUCCUGUUUGUGCCCACGUCUGCUCCUCGUGGACUCUUCGACGAAUACGGAUCCAAAAAGAACGACUACAUCAAGCUGUUUGUCCGACGAGUUUUCAUCACUGAUGACUUUAAUGACAUGAUGCCCAAGUAUUUGAACUUUGUCAAGGGAGUGGUUGAUUCUGAUGAUCUUCCUUUGAACGUGUCAAGAGAAACUCUGCAGCAGCACAAACUGCUGAAGGUUAUCCGCAAGAAACUUGUGCGCAAGACUCUCGACAUGAUCAAGAAGAUUGCCGAGGAACAGUACAAUGAGAAGUUCUGGAAAGAGUUCGGCACCAACAUCAAGCUCGGUGUCAUCGAGGAUCACUCCAACAGGACCCGUUUGGCCAAGCUCCUCCGUUUCCAGACCUCCCACAGCGACACUGAGCUGUCUGGGCUCGAGCAGUACGUGGAGCGCAUGAAGGAGAAGCAGGAUAAGAUCUACUUCAUGGCUGGAACCAGCAGGAAGGAGGCUGAGGCUUCUCCAUUUGUGGAACGCCUGCUGAAGAAGGGCUACGAAGUGGUCUACCUGACAGAGCCUGUGGAUGAGUACUGCAUCCAGGCACUUCCAGAGUUUGAUGGCAAACGCUUCCAGAACGUGGCAAAGGAGGGAGUCAAAUUUGACGAGAGCGACAAGGCUAAAGAGAAGAGGGAGGCACUAGAGAAGGAGUAUGAGCCCCUCACAACUUGGCUGAAGGACAAAGCUCUGAAGGACAAGAUCGAGAAAGCAGUGCUCUCUCAGAGGUUGACCAACUCCCCCUGUGCUCUGGUUGCCAGUCAGUACGGCUGGUCAGGAAACAUGGAGAGGAUCAUGAAGGCUCAGGCCUACCAGACAGGAAAAGAUAUUUCAACAAAUUACUAUGCCAGCCAGAAGAAAACCUUAGAAAUCAACCCCAAACAUCCACUGGUUAAACAAAUGCUCAAGCGAGUCAAUGACGAUGCUGAGGAUCAGACUGCUGCCGAUCUAGCCGAGAUUCUGUUUGAGACGGCAACACUCCGUUCUGGAUACCAGCUGGCUGAUACAAAAGCUUAUGGGGACCGGAUAGAGCGCAUGCUCCGACUCAGCAUGAACGUUCCUCUGGACGAACAGAUUGAAGAAGAACCCGAGGAAGAGCCAGAAGAGGCAGCUGAGGAGGAUGCUGCUGAUGAUGAUGAAGAGGAAAUUAUCGAUGAGGAUAAUGAAGAAACGGUGAGCGGCUUUGUCCUCAUCCAUAGAUUGACAACAGGAAUGAGUAUAGAAAUCCCUGAAGGACUGACGGAGCUGUUGCAGAGCUUUACCGUGGAAGUGUUGAGGAAUCAGCCCAGGGAUCUGCUCGAGUUCGCCCUGCAGUAUUUCACCCAGCUGAAGGACAGCGAGAGCACCGAGGCCUCCUUUGGCAAUGAGCAGAAUUCCGCCCAAAGACCCGGGAAAGCGGUCAUUUUCCUGGACGAGGCCAUGCAGAUCGACUCGGAGAACGGAGAGGAGGAUGACGACGAUGACGACGAGUUCUUAGCCCCGGUUAUCAACAGAUACAUCAGAAGGGCAUCUGUGUGUGCGGAAGCCUUCAAUCCUGAUGAAGAUGAUGAAGACAAAGAGCCUAGAGUCACCCACCCAAAAACAGAUGAGCAGAGGCAGAGGCUACAGGAAGCAUGCAGGGACAUUCUUCUUUUCAAGAAUCUUGAUCCGGAGGAGAUGUCCCAGGUGCUGGAUGCCAUGUUUGAGAAGUUCUGCAUAGAAGAAGAACACAUUAUAGAUCAGGACGACGAUGGAGAUAAUUUCUACGUCAUAGAAAGUGGGACUUUCAACAUCUUCAUGAGUGCUGAAGGCACAGAGAAGCUGGUCGGUUGCUACGACAACAGAGGAAGCUUCGGAGAGUUAGCCUUGAUGUACAACACCCCGAGGGCAGCAACCAUAGUGGCGACCUCGUCCGGCGCCCUCUGGUGUCUAGAUCGUCUGACCUUCAGGAGGAUAAUCGUAAAAAACAACGCCAAGAAGAGGAGGCUGUAUGAAGCUUUCAUUGAAACUCUUCCCCUGCUGACAUCUCUAGAGCUUUCAGAGAGAAUGAAAGUUGUGGACGUCAUAUCCACCAGAGUGUAUAGCGAUGCUCAGCAAAUCAUUGCUCAGGGGGAUUUAGCCGACUGCUUCUACAUUGUUGAGUCUGGUCAAGUUAGAAUCACCAUAAAGAGAAGCAGGACAAAAAAGGACCAGGAGGAUGAAGAGGUGGAAAUUGCAAGAUGCUCCAGGGGGCAGUAUUUUGGGGAGUUGGCGCUGGUCACAAACAAGCCCAGAGCUGCUUCAGCGUACGCCGUGGGAAGUGUCAAGUGCUUAGUCAUGGACGUCAAAGCCUUUGAGAGAUUGCUGGGACCCUGCAUGGACAUCAUGAAGAGAAACAUCGCCAAUUACGAGGAGCAGCUGGUGACGCUGUUCGGAAGAAGCAUUGAGAUUGAGCAACGCAGUGCAUGAGAUAAACGCCAUGGACCAUAAAUUGUUGGAUAAGAUAAAAGGGUUUUUUUUUCUUUCCCCUGUAACCACUUAUAUAGCUUUUUUCUUACAAAAAUGUGAACAUACAUUGUAACAUUAGUGUGCCGGGUACAUCAUUCCGAUUAAGUCAGUUUACUACAUGAAACAUUUUGCCACAGAGUGUUAUGAGUGCAGUAAAGAAAGCCAAAGCAGAGUUGCUAAAAGCUUGAUAAUUUAGAUUCCUCGACCCCGUCACCUUAAUAUGUACGUGUGCAUUUUACCUGUAAGUGUCUGACUUUUGUAUAUUGAACAUUUAUUUUCACAUUUUCAGUGUUCUAGUUAACCCACAGUAUUAAUAGUCUCGUGAGUAGUUAUGUCACUUCUGUCACCGGCAGGAACACUUCCUUUGGCAUCAACAGUACGUGUGCCCCGACUUGAAAAUAAACAUGGUUUUGAUUGGAAUCCAUCACACGUUUCAUCUCUACUGAAUGUAGAUUUCAACACUUAUUUUCAUGAUGUGAAAGUUGCUCUUAAGAAUACAUAACUCAGCGUGUCAUUGUUGGUAAACGUGUGGCUCUUAGCCUGGCACUAUGCUUUCGCAAAAACGCAAGGAAAAAAACAUUUCAGAGAGAUAGUUGAUAGUUUUGUAAGAAAACACGUGGUGUGCAAACUCAUUGUAUUUCAAGCUCUUCUCACUUUUGAUGGGCUUAAUCCACCUGUGGUUAGUUUAACAAUUUCUCAACACUUACUUUGCCUUUUUUUUGUACUGUUUAAUUUGCAUUCACAAAGCAGUCCAUUAUUGCUGUCUACCUCUACCAACAAUGGCUACCGUGUGAAAGCAUUCAUCCUCUAUUCCCCCUUUUGAUCAGGAAAGGGAAUUAAAGUUGUCUGUAAAUGGUUUGUGGCCGCAGCUGAGAACAUUUUAACAUUUAUUUCAUGUUUAAGAUAUACAUGACUUGAUUUGUGCAGGUAGUUAUGGUCAUUCUUUGGAAGUCAACUCACAUACUAGGGGCUGGAAAUACUGUAUGUUCCAAUUUUCAUGUCA